GGUGUCCGUGAGCCUUGGAGCAUGAAAGAGGAAAGACCCUAGGACUGCUCGAAGGGCACCGCGCACCUGGCAGGAGGCGCAGCAGGGCAGGCGCACGGAACUGAACAGUGGGCGGGGCCGCUACGUCCUUGCCCUGGGAAACGGUCCCAGUCGCAAGCUCGCUGCUUGCCGCUGCGAGACACCCAGAUAUCAUGGGGAAACUAGUGGCGCUGACCGUGCUGGGGGCCACCUUAGCCUUAAUAGGGGAGAGGCUCCUGACUUUUAGAGCAAGAGUUACUACAUCUCGAGAAAUAAAGUCCAUAGAACCUCAGAGCUGCCACCUGAUUGCGGGACUUGAGAACGGCUCUGAAGAUAUUGAUAUACUUCCUAGUGGGCUGGCUUUCAUCUCUACUGGAUUAAAAUACCCAGGCAUGCCAAGCUUGGCACCAGACAAACCAGGAAGAAUCUUCCUGAUGGAUCUGAAUGAGCAAAAUCCCAAGGCGCAAGUGCUGGAAAUCAGUGAAGGGUUUGACAAGGACUCACUGAAUCCUCAUGGGAUCAGUGCUUUCAUCGACAAAGACAACACUGUGUAUCUUUAUGUUGUGAAUCACCCCCACAUGGACUCCACUGUGGAGAUAUUUAAAUUUGAAGAACAACAGCGUUCUCUCAUCCACCUGAAAACCAUAAAGCACGAACUUCUCAAGAGUGUGAACGACAUUGUGGUUCUUGGGCCAGAGAAGUUCUAUGCUACAAGAGACCGCUACUUUACCAGUCACUUCUUAGCACUUGUGGAGAUGAUAUUGGACUUUCACUGGACUUACGUUCUUUUCUACAGCCCAGAAGAGGUCAAAGUAGUGGCACAAGGAUUUAGUUCUGCCAAUGGAAUCACAGUCUCCCUAGACCAGAAGUAUAUCUAUGUAGCUGAUGUAACAGCUAAGAACAUUCACGUAAUGAAAAAACAUGAUAAUUGGGAUUUAACUCAAGAGAAGGUAAUUCACCUGGGAACGUUAGUGGAUAACUUGACUGUUGAUCCUGCCACGGGAGAUAUUUUGGCAGGGUGCCAUCCUAACCCUAUGAAGCUAUUGAUUUAUAACCCUGAGGAUCCUCCAGGCUCGGAAGUCCUACGCAUCCAGGAUUCUUUGUCAGAUAAUCCCAGGGUGAGCACGGUCUAUGAGAACAAUGGCUCUGUACUGCAGGCCAGCACUGUGGCUUCUGUGUAUCAAAAGAAAAUGCUCAUAGGCACUAUAUUUCACAAAACUCUGUAUUGUGAACUCUAAAUCUUUCUUAAAAAAAAAAAAAAACCUUUAUAUAUGACAAAAGUAAAAUUGUAAUUGUAUGCUAAAUGGAACUGUAAGUAUUUACAAUUGCCAGUGAAAGUGUAUAUGGCUUUUCUUAUGGAGAAAAGUAAAGGAGUACAGAAACUUAUGUCCUUGAAAGCAAGAGUCAAGUUAGCAUCAAGGCAACCAGAAACCCAACUGUUCUCAGUCUUUGAGCAUGCCCAACAUUCUGUAUACCAUGGGACAUGUAGGCUGUGACCACUUAGGGCUCCUGCUCACUUAGAUUUGUGGCCCUUGGUAAAUGUUCAUCAAUAUUACCUCCUACAACUGUGAUGUUCUGAAUCUUCUGUAGUCCACACUAGUAAAGAAAUUAAUUGUUAAAAAUUC